UAAGACUAAUUGAAAUCACAUUUUGGAUUCGCGUAGUAUUUUUUUCCCAACAACUGUCUGACAGUGCAGUAUAGGUCAGCCCACAGCCCACCUAAACCUCACCCAAAAUAUAAUUAUCAAACACAAGGUCUUCGCGUGUAUUCUGUGUACACUAUUUGGUCAUCUCAAGGGAUCUCAAGGAUAGGAAUGCUUUUGCUUUUUGCUAUAUAAAGAUCACAUAAUCCUCACAUCUCUUCACUUGAAUUUGUUUCGCAAAAGACAAACUCCAAACUCCCAAACAAAAUGAAGAUGAUGAUUGCCCUUGCUUUCUUGGCCUGUGUUGCCGUAUCGAUGGCCGUUGUGGUGUCGCCAUACUAUGGUGGCUACUAUGGUGGUUAUGCCGCUCCCGUCGCAUAUAGCUCUGGCUAUUACGGUGGUUACGCCGCACCCGCCGUCUACAGCUCGGCCUAUGCCUCCCCCUAUUAUGGCGGUUAUGGUUAUGCCGGUUAUGGCGGUUACGGAUACCUCAAAAAGUAAACGAUUUAAUCGCAAAUACCUCUCGAUUGACUGUUAAAUGAAUGGCUGAAUUGAUUGUCUAAAUUUUUUGUAGUGUCAAAAUUUAAGCAUUUUCUG